UCGAAAAGCGAAAAUCCGAUCGAUGGGAAUGGGAGAUGCUCUGCUUCCUUUGCCUCCGCCUAAUCCCUUCCUGUUCGGAUCGUCGGCCUUGGAUGAUUCCUACAGGCCACUGCCUUCGAUCUACCUCGUGUUUCUGUCGAUUUGGGCCGUCUCCACCUUCACCUGGACCUUCAACACCUGGAGGAACAAGUUUUUCCAGACAAACCAUCUGCAGUGGAUGUUGGCUUCUGUUCCUGUUAUAAAAUCUUUGCAGCUGGCGCUUUCAUUUUCAUUUUGGUAUUCUUGCAUAAACCUUCAGAUAUGCUCAUUGUGGAUGUCAUUUGGGGUGUAUGUAACUGGAAUACUCUUUCAAACAGCCUCUUUUGUAUCAUUUAUGCUCAUUUCUCAUGGUUAUUGCAUCAUCUAUGAGCGGCUUUCAGUACAUGAACGACGUAAAACUGCUGCUUUGGGCUGCAUCCUCUAUCUCACCCUUGUUGGUUACAAGGCUGCUGUGCCUUAUUUUACAGUAUUCCUUCUGCUGAAUUAUUCCUUGUCAUUCUACAUGAUCUUCCAUCAUAUCUCCCAGAAUAUCAUAGUCUUGCACGAACAACUGAAUUAUACAGAGGAUGAAGAUACAAUGCACAAUGCUUUGCAUACAAAGUUCAUAAUGUUCAAGAAAUUUCAAGCUGCAAUGCAAUUUGUAGCAUUGGUAGAAGUUAUGAUUUAUUUGAAUGUCGAUGAGACGUUGGACAACUAUUGGUUCCGUUUGCUAGUACGGGAAUGGGCUCAGUGUUGCAUCUUCCUGUACAUUGGGUGGACUUUUAGGACGCAAGAAGUGUCGCCUCAUUUUUCUGUUAUGCCUACCUUGAAGUGUAAAUGGGAGAUGAGAGUGCCUCCUGUAUAUAGCAUAGAAAUGGAUGCUUCUGAUUUCAACAAUUUGGUAUCUCAAGAAUGGCAUGUUGGUGUGCCAACUUCAACUCCUUGUUCCAGUAAAGGAAAAUCCUUCAAUCCCUUGCCGGUUAUAGUGCAAAAUCCACGAUCCCCCAGCAAACACCCUGCGGCAGCACUGCAAAGGUCAAACAUCAAGAGUUCUUUUUCAACAAAUACGAGUCAGCAUGUUGAGGCUCAAGUUUAGUGAAAGGCACAAUAAAGCUCUUUUAAGUUGAAGAGUUCAUAGUACUUUUAUAUUAUUUAGGGAUGUAAAUUGUUUUGGUUUUUCUAAAUUUUAUAUAUAUAGGCUUUUGGACCCCUAAAUUUGGGGGCAUUUGCAGUUAUCA